AUUUCGAACAGAGGAAGAGAGUAAUAGUCAAAUAUGAUGUCUAAAGUCAAAUUCUCCAUUUCUGCAGCCACCUACCCAUUGGCCGAGCGCGUCUUUCUCACAUCCUCAGCUGCAAUGGCAUCUGUGGCCUCUCUCACCGGAGCCACCACUCGCCUCCCCCCUUACACCUCCAUCGCCGCAGCUUCUUUUACCUCCGCUUCUUCUCUAAAACUGAAAUGCUUCCGAUCUUCACAUCUGCUCUCUACCGUCUUCCUCUCCCAGAAGAGAGCGGUGGCUCCACUAUUUACCCGAAGCUUCGGCUCUGUGGUGUCGCCUAAAUGCUUUGCUUCGGAUGCCGAUCAAUUGAAGAGUGCGAAAGAGGACAUCAAGGAGCUACUCAGGACUAAAUUUUGCCAUCCAAUUUUGGUGCGUUUGGGUUGGCAUGAUGCUGGUACUUAUAACAAAAAUAUUAAUGAAUGGCCAAAAAGAGGGGGAGCUAAUGGAAGUCUAAGAUUUGAGGUUGAACUGAAACAUGCAGCGAAUGCUGGUCUGGUGAAUGCAUUUAAGCUUCUACAGCCCAUAAAGGAUAAAUACUCUGGUGUGACUUAUGCUGACUUGUUUCAGUUGGCUAGCGCUACCGCUAUUGAGGAGGCUGGGGGGCCCAAAAUCCCAAUGAAAUAUGGAAGAGAAGAUGUAUUGGGUCCUGAGCAAUGUCCAGAAGAAGGGAGGCUUCCUGAUGCUGGUCCUCCUUCCCCUGCUGACCACUUACGCGAUGUUUUCUAUAGAAUGGGACUGAAUGACAAGGAAAUUGUUGCGCUUUCUGGUGCCCACACAUUGGGACGUUCCAGGCCAGAGCGCAGUGGUUGGGGAAAGCCAGAAACAAAAUACACUAAAGAUGGCCCUGGUGCUCCUGGAGGUCAAUCAUGGACUGUACAAUGGCUGAAGUUUGACAACUCUUACUUCAAGGAUAUAAAAGCAAGAAGGGACGAUGACCUGCUAGUGUUGCCUACAGAUGCUGUCCUGUUUGAAGAUCCUGACUUUAAGGAAUAUGCUGAAAAUUAUGCUGUUGAUCAAGAUGCAUUUUUUAAAGACUAUGCAGAAGCCCAUGCCAAACUCAGCAACCUUGGAGCGAGAUUUGAUCCGCCUGAGGGUUUUUCAAUUGAUAGCAGUCCCAAAGACGUUCAACCACAGAAGUUUAUAGCCGAGGAAUACUCAUCUGGAAAGGAUUAAAGUACAAGUAUAUUUUCUUCUGCUGUUUCUUUUGAUUACACAAGAUCAAGCUAUUACCUUUCUUGUACCCAAAUCUAAAAACUUUAGAAGUCAUUAUGGAGGAGAGAAGUAAAUCGAAUAAAUGCUCUACAUUUGAAUUGAAUUGCAGAGGCAGCUUUCAGAUGCUAUGAAGCAGAAGAUUCGUGCAGAAUAUGAAGGUUUUGGGGGAAGCCCAAAUAAGCCUCUCCCAACAAACUAUUUUCUCAAUAUCAUGAUUGUAAUAGGUGUUUUGGCACUUUUGACAUCUUUGCUUGGAAACUAAUUACCCAAAUGCCUUUUAUGAAUACACACAGCAAAAAGUACUUCCGGCAUUUGAACAUGUUCAUUUUUUAUUUAAUUAUCACUUCCUCUAUUUUCAAUUUGAAUGUACUGAAAAUUUAAGGCUGUUCGAGCCUUGCUGGUACCAAGCAUGGUGAGCUACAGUAGUGCAAUAUUGCUCGACUCUUUUGGUAUAAAAGUCUUUUAA